GGAAGGAAGAUCUAGAGCGAGAAAAGGAUUUAUUUUCCAGCACGCCUUCUGAACGAGGGAAGCCAUAGACAUAACACAUUAAUGUUUACUCUGAGGUUCCCUGGCUGCAGUGUGAAACCGUGCGACCGGGCUCCUCUUUAAAAAAAAAAAAAAGACUCACCAUCUCAGGAAUUGGUCCAAAAGAGAGGAAGAAAACAACACAGAGUGUCUGUGAGCUGGAUAAGAGAAGAAAAGAGACACUGAAGUCUACAGGCAUGCAAAACUAAAAGUUGCCACACUGAGACUGUUUCCAGGUCAUAGUGGAGUGGGAGGAGACUGAACUGUUCUUGUUUUUUCUGCCAAACACUCUACUCCUCAAAGCUUGUAACCUAUUUUUUUCUCAUUUACAUCUGCUUGUUUAGCCUGAGGACUAUUUUUUUCUCAGUUUGUAUAUACGCUCAAAAAGAAAGUCAAGACUUAUUUAACAAAUGAAAGCACAGGCAAGCAGAAAAUACUGAUUCUCUUCAGGUGAGGGGGAAACAAACAAUCUGGACUUUUUUAUAUAUAUAUUUAUGUUACCUUGACAGCAGCCAGUAAUUUUGGCUGACUGUCCCAUUUUCUUCUGCGGUGGUUCGGUAACCAAGCGAUGGCCAUGGUGAGUGGGGGCUGGGGAGAUCCCAACGGGGGCACCAACGGGCUGGGGGACAAGGGCUACCUGAGGGGGGAGGAGGAGGACGGGUCUCCACAGGCGGGGGGCAGCGACAUGGAGGCCGGCGACGAUGACAAAGCCUGCGUGGUGGACUGCGUGGUGUGCGGCGACAAGUCAAGCGGGAAACAUUACGGCGUUUUCACCUGCGAGGGCUGCAAGAGCUUCUUCAAGAGGAGCGUCAGACGCAACCUGAGCUACACUUGCAGGUCAAACAGAGAGUGUCAGAUAGACCAACACCACCGGAACCAGUGCCAGUACUGUCGCCUGAAGAAGUGUUUUCGCGUGGGCAUGCGCAAAGAAGCAGUUCAACGCGGUCGCAUCCCACCUCAGCCUAGCCUCAGCCCCUCCAUCACACCCAUAGGUGGCGCCAGCGGCCUUGGAGGCGGGGAGUUCUAUAACAACAACAACAAUGGAGGAAGUGGUGGAGGUCAGCCGGUGUCAGAGCUCAUUUCCCAGUUGCUGAGAGCUGAGCCGUACCCCAGCAGUCGGUACGGGCACCAGUACAACCAGCAGGCUGGUCCGGAUAAUGCCAUGGGCAUUGAUAACAUCUGUGAACUGGCCGCUCGGCUACUCUUCAGCACUGUGGAGUGGGCCAGGAACAUCCCUUAUUUCCCUGAGCUGCCUGUGUCAGACCAGGUGGCCCUGCUGAGGCUGAGCUGGAGCGAGUUGUUCAUCCUUAACGCAGCCCAGUCGGCUUUACCGCUCCACAUGGCUCCCUUGUUGGCCGCGGCCGGCUUCCACUCCUCGCCCAUGUCUGCUGAGCGCGUGGUGUCCUUCAUGGACCAGGUGAGGGUGUUCCAGGACCAGGUGGAUAAGCUGACCAGACUGCAGGUGGACUCGGCUGAGUACAGCUGUCUCAAGGCCAUCGCACUGUUCUCGCCAGAUGCCUGUGGUCUAACAGACCCAGUCCACGUGGAGUCUCUGCAGGAGAAGGCUCAGGUGGCUCUGACAGAGUACGAGAGGAUGCAGUACCCGAGUCAGCCUCAGCGCUUCGGCCGCCUGCUACUGCGCCUCCCUGCCCUGCGUGCCGUUCCCGCCAACCUCAUCUCCCAGCUCUUUUUCAUGCGCCUGGUAGGAAAGACACCCAUCGAGACGCUGAUCCGUGACAUGCAGCUUUCCGGAAGCUCGAUCAGCUGGCCGUAUGUCCCAGGACAGUAGCCCCCUGAUGGACGAGGUCUCCGUCUGGGAUUAGUGACGACAAGGACCCACAGGAAACCUCUUGACUCAUCACUAUCCAUCUGUGUGGUUAUCAAACUGCAGUGCCAGCUGGCCGUCAUAUGUACUGUACUGUAACCGCUCUAUUCCCCCUCAUGAAACAAGCUCUCUGUCUCCACACAAGCCUCCAGAGAAGAGGAGCAGGUGCCAGGCUGGAUCUGUCUCGUUGCCAGCCCCGUCGCUCUAGUGCCAGGUCUCAGGCCAGAUACGAGCUCCUCAUGCUGGGCUCCGAUAUGGCCACCACAGCCAGUCAUGUCACCACCCACAUGCCACAGUGACUAAAGACACCGCAGUUUCAUGUAGAGGGCAGCAGCACCCUGCUACAAUCACAUUUAGAGGACAAAACUGUCCUGCCACUGAAAGUCAACAGAACAAUUUUUCCCACACUGGGCUCAUUUUCCAUUUGUGAUGCAGUGACCUUUUUAUCCACAUGACAUUAAAAUACGAUAUUAUUAUUACAAUGGAUGUUAUUCAACAGUCUGGAGUGUCAGAAAGCUGCGGUUGUGCAGUGAACUGAAUAUGAGGCACAGUAAGGCUCUCUGCAGGGCCUUUUUGCUGAAGAGGACAUUCUUAGAUCAUACUGAACUAACUGCUCUCUUACCUCAACACUGAGGAAGAAACUAAGGAACUGCUCAAAUGGCACAGAAAUGAAAUCAAACCAAGGAAAAAAAAUCACCAAAGUUAUCAUAUCAUCCUCAAAGAUGGUUUUUAGAUGGAUUGAUUAGAACACAAAGCAGAGAGAAAGAGACGAAUGGACUCUUUUGACUGCUUGACCCUCAGACAUGAACAAUACAUUUAAAUUCAUUCACAGGGCUCACUGUCGCUGUAAUAGAAGCUUUUUUUUUUUUUUAAAAGCCACAGUAACAUGAGAACGGACUAAUACCUCACUAGCCAUCAGAAGGCUUUAGUCUGAUAUUUCGUAAACACAAACCUCUGUAAAUGUUGUUCACCAGAAACCGCCUUCUUUUUUGACAACUGCCUUGUUAUUCCGUAUGAAUUUGGGACACCUAUGAAAUAUGAAAUGAGUCUUAUGAGCAUCACAAACAUUCGUCUUGUAUCUUUUUUAAAAGAUCCCCCGAAGUAAUUUUCACUUGUGUUUUUGAAUAUGAGUUUGACUGACGAAACGGCAGGCUGACAUGUAGGUAAAUUCAACUUGGGUUCCAAUAUGAAAGACAAUUCAAGAUGAUAAUAAUGAGCUUACUGAAUAUAUUUGGUGAUCAGAGAGUUUAUAACCGACACCACCAGUUAAAUACCAGUUUACGUCAAUCAAUGCUGUUUCUGGGGGUAAUGAUGAUGUUGAAAUGUGUAUAUAUUGAGGCCAACUUUGUCUUUUUGCAUGUUCAAAUGUUGUUUUGAAUCUCUGCUGAAUUGAGAUGGUUUUCAUUCUUUUUACAUUAUGUAAUUCAAGGUUCGUUUAAACAUUAAAGUAUUGCUUUCACUGUUAGCUCCUAAAUGUUAUUUUUUCUAUAUGUAUUUACAUGAAAAUACCUCUGUCAUCUGUUCAGAUGUCAAAGAAAAAGAAGCUUCAUGCCAUUGCAGCUGAUAGGUCAUAGAUGGAAGAAAGGGAUGUUCACGCUCGCAUCUCUAAGCAUCUCAGCGAGUACCUACUGUUGUGAAGGAUGUGAGACGAUAUUGUAAUGGAUGAGGAUCUUGUGGAAAAACUGCACUAGGAGGAUCUUCAAUGCCAAAACAUCACACUAUCUGUCACGAGUUUAAUGAGGACGGGCCCUGAUUCGCUGGUCCACCUGGACUUACCUCACGCUGGUAUUUCAAGAGGCAAAUUUACAACAUCACAAGUAAAAAGGAAAGAAUAAAAAAACUACGUGUUUCAGCAUUUAUUGAUAAAAAACACAAAGUCAAAGGAUGUAACUCUGCUUCUUGAUUUACCAUCGGGCCUUUUGAACGUUAUCUGAAUAUUAUUCUUUUAGUCAACAAACUCAACCAUGUCAUAAAAAAAGAUAAAUAUACUAUUAAUGUUUUCUUAUCUUUGUGUUAAUGAGUUCUUAUGUUUUUCAAUUUUAUGUGUAUGGCAACAUUAUUAAAAGAUUCAAAAGAUGACAAUGUGUCUUUUGUUAUGUUUGUUUUUCCAAACUACUUGAAAAAGUGUUGUAAUUACAUCUGUAUGAAUAAUGCCAAAUA